AUGUCUGCCGAAGUCUCUACCACCCCCGCCGCUGACAACACUGUCAACGGCACUCCCGAGGCCACCAACCCCGCUGCCACCAGCGCUCCAGAGGUUACCGCUGUUGAGAGCGCCUCUCCCUCUGCUACUCCCAGCGCCAACCAGCCCCACUCUGCUUCCCUCUAUGUCGGUGAACUCGAUCCCUCCGUCACCGAGGCUAUGCUCUACGAGCUCUUUUCGUCCAUUGGCCAGGUUGCCUCCAUCCGUGUCUGCCGUGACGCCGUUACCAGACGCUCUCUCGGAUAUGCCUACGUCAACUACAACAACACUGCCGAUGGCGAGCGCGCCCUCGAGGAUCUGAACUACACCCUGAUCAAGGGCAAACCCUGCCGUAUCAUGUGGUCCCAGCGUGACCCCGCUCUGCGCAAGACUGGCCAGGGCAACGUCUUCAUCAAGAACCUGGACGCUGCGAUCGACAACAAGGCUCUCCACGACACCUUUGCCGCCUUCGGAAACAUUCUGAGCUGCAAGGUCGCUCAGGAUGAGUUUGGUAACUCCAAGGGAUAUGGUUUCGUCCACUACGAGACCGCCGAGGCCGCCAACAACGCGAUCAAGCAUGUCAACGGCAUGCUGCUCAACGACAAGAAGGUAUUCGUCGGCCACCACAUCUCCAAGAAGGACCGUCAGAGCAAGUUCGAGGAGAUGAAGGCCAACUUCACCAACGUCUACAUCAAGAACGUUGACCAGGAAGUCACCGAUGAGGAGUUCCGCACGAUGUUUGAGAAGUUCGGUGAGAUCACCUCCGCCACUCUGAGCCGUGACCAGGAUGGUAAGAGCCGUGGUUUCGGUUUCGUCAACUUCUCCACCCACGAAAGCGCGCAGGCCGCCGUCGACGAGAUGAACGACAAGGAGAUCAAGGGCCAGAAGCUCUACGUUGGCCGUGCCCAGAAGAAGCACGAGCGUGAGGAAGAGCUACGCAAGCAGUACGAGGCCGCUCGCUUGGAGAAGGCCUCCAAGUACCAGGGUGUCAACCUCUACGUGAAGAACCUCACUGAUGACGUUGAUGACGAGAAACUGCGCGAUCUCUUCACCCCCUUCGGCACCAUCACCUCCGCCAAGGUCAUGCGUGACACCCUCACCCCCGGCGAGACCUCCGAGUCCGAGAAGGAGAACGAGAAGGAGGGUGAGGAGACGACUGAAGAGAAGCCCAAGGAGUCCGAGGAGGAACCCAAGAAGACCGAGAAGAAGAUUCUUGGAAAGAGCAAGGGUUUCGGUUUCGUCUGCUUCAGCAGCCCCGAUGAGGCCUCCAAGGCCGUCACCGAGAUGAACCAGCGAAUGGUCAACGGCAAGCCUCUGUAUGUGGCUCUUGCCCAGCGCAAGGAUGUCCGCAGAAGCCAGCUCGAGGCUAGCAUCCAGGCUCGCAACACCAUCCGUCAGCAGCAGGCUGCCGCUGCCGCUGGUAUGCCCCAGCCGUACAUGCAGCCCGCUGUCUUCUACGGUCCCGGUCAGCAGGGCUUCAUCCCCGCUGGUCAGCGCGGUGGCAUGCCUUUCGCUCCCCAGCCCGGUAUGGUGAUGGGCAUCCCUGGCGGACGCCCCGGCCAGUACCCCGGUCCCUUCCCUGGUCAGCAGGGUGGACGUGGCAUGGGCCCCAACCAGCAGAUUCCUCCCAACUUCCAAGGCAUCCCCAUGGGCGCCAUGCAAGGCCCCGGCGGCAUUCCUAACGGUAUGGGUUACCCUCAGAUGGCUCAGGUACAGUUCGGACGCGGUGCUGCUGGCCGCGGUCAGGUGCCCGGAAUGCCCAUGGGUCAGGGUAUGCGCGGUCCCGGUUACGGACAGGGCCGUGGUGCCCCCGUUCAGGGAGGCCCCCGUCCUCAGGGUGGUCGCGGUCAGCCCCCCGCUGCUCCACCCGCCGCCGGUCGCGAGGAAGUUCCCGCCACUGGUGGUCUCACUGCCCAGACUCUCAAUGCUGCCCCCCCCCCUCAGCAGAAGCAGAUGCUGGGUGAGGCUCUCUACCCCAAGAUUCAAGUUCAGCAGCCCGAGCUGGCUGGCAAGAUCACUGGUAUGCUUCUGGAGAUGGACAACACUGAGUUGCUUGGCCUUCUUGAGGAUGAAGAAGCCCUUCGCGCCAAGGUCGACGAGGCCCUUAGCGUUUACGACGAGUACAUGAAGAACAAGGGUGAGGGCGAGGCUCCUGCUGAGUCUGCCAAGCCCAAGGAGGAGACCGCUGAGACUGCUACGGAAGAGAACAAGUCGUAG